CAACCACCGUUCGUUCCACAGUCUUAUUAGCCGACCAAGUUUGGGAUGCUGAUGCUUCAUAACUCCAACAUCCAUCCACCUAACUUACUUUUUACAUAGUACUCCAACUUCAAUAUAAAAGCUUACUACAGACUUCCCCCCUAUCUUCAACAAUAUCGCAAUUACCUAACUCGAUCAACUUCAAACAUUAGUGAAUUGGCAACCCUAAAAACUAAACACGAGUGACUAGUUAUUAUAAUAACUUAUAACAUCACAAGAUGGCUUCUCAACCCUUCACCCUGAAGUGGGGUAUCAUGGCCACUGGUGGCAUUGCUCAAACUUUUACCAAGGACUUGCUUGCCAACCCCGCAAGCCGCGACGUGCACGACGUCGCCCACAAGGUGGUCGCCGUCGCCUCCUCGUCCUCCCAGGAGAGCGCCGCGUCCUUCCUCGAGAAGGUCAAGGCCCCCGAGGGCGCCAGGGCGUACGGCUCCUACGCCGAGCUGGUGAGCGACCCGGACGUCGAGAUCGUCUACGUCGCCACCCCGCACAGCCACCACUUCCAGAACACCAUGCUGGCCCUCGAGGCCGGCAAGCACGUCCUGUGCGAGAAGGCCUUCACCGUCAACGCCUCCCAGGCUAGGAAGCUCGUCGAGACCGCGAGGGCCAAGAACCUCUUCCUCCUCGAAGCCGUCUGGACGCGCUAUUUCCCCCUGAGCAUCAAGAUCCGAGAGCUGGUGCAGUCUGGACUUAUCGGCAAGGUACAUCGAGUAAUCGCCGACAACUCAUUCGACUGCCAAAACCCGGAUGGCUUGUACCAGUUCUCCGACGAGAACCGGAUGGUGAAUGCGGCGCUCGCCGGCGGCGCGCUGCUCGACCUGGGCGUCUACUCGCUGACGUGGCUGUUCCAGAUCCUGUACCACCUGCAGCCGGAGGCGGAGAAGGAGGCGCCGCGGACGCUGGCCGCGGUCAACAAGUACGCGGCGACGGGGGCGGACGAGCUGACGAGCGUGAUCCUGCAGUUCCCGCGGCACAACGCGCAGGGCAUCGCGCUGACGAGCCUGCGGAUCGCGACGAACACGGACGGCCAUAACGGCGGCGGGCCCGCCAUCAAGAUCCAGGGCACCAAGGGCGAGAUCCAGGUGAUGGGCCCGGCGUUCUCCCCGCUGCAGUACCGCGUCGUGCGCAAGGACGGCGGCGGCGAGGUCGAGGUCGUCGAUUGCCCGAUCCCCAAGGACCCGGCGCGGGACGGCUGGGGCCACGGCAUGUUCUGGGAGGCCGACGAGUGCGCGAGGUGCCUGAGAGACGGCAAGAAGGAGAGCGACACCCUCCCCUGGUCCGAGAGUAUCGCUAUCAUGGAGGUCAUGGAGGAGGCGCUCAAGCAGGGCGACGUCAAGUACCCCGACGUGAUUACCACCGACGUGUACGACCCUAAGAGCCCGUUGAACACCGGGGCCAAGUAUUAUUAGUGAUAGCUUCCUCCCCCUUCCCCCUGAACGGGAGUUGUUAAAGAAGACUUGCGUGUUGGACGUUAGUUAGUUAGUACCAAUACCUUAAGUACCUAACCCAGCCUACCUAGAAUCAGUAUGCUUUGCUAGUAAAGUUUUAGCUUCACGCCAUAAUGCUUAUUUACCUACCUUAGGUAGAUAUGACGUACCAAUUUGGGAAAUUGUCAAAUGCAACGGAUAAUGUCCGUGAUAUAUUCGGAAUGUCUACUAACGUUGCGCCGAAUCGUAUCGUGUUGCGGGCGGAGCCCCUAUCCACGGCCCCACCCCCUUUCGAGGGGUAACCCAGCCAUACGGGGAGCUAUGAGAGAAUAGCAAGGCGUGAAGCUUUUAUCUAUAAUAAUCAAUUUGGAAUAAUCAAUAACAAGGACUUACGCAUGAUAAAACUUCCUAGUACUCAAGUUAGAAUGUCCGGGAUAUGUGGAUAUAGCAGGGGUCUAUUUUCUAUAUAAAGG